ACUCGCGGAAAGUCUCGCGUGCUCCGUGGAAAUUGGCGUCCACAGAUCACAGUCAGACACGACGAUCUCGCCACUGUCCGACGGACCUCUCGACUCACGAGCCGCACAGAAUUUUUCUCAAAGCCACUUUCGCCAGCUUUUUCUUUCUUUCACACAAAAAAAAUCCCACCGCCUCGGUGUUUUUCUGGUUUCUUCACACGCGGCAGUCCUAUCCCCGUUGAACGAUCCCACGGCAUUAAGUUUAUUUCGGGCUCAACUCGAUGGCAGUCACGGUGCGUCCUCCGUGAUUGGGCGCGCGCGAUCAAUCGCAAUCUCUGCUCCGGAAUCCAGCAGAGAAAUGGACCAUUUUUCAUUUUUUUUUUAAAUCCAUCCUUUCACGAAGGAAAAAUUUCUGCAAAAAUCAUUGAAAGUUCAAAGUGCAUCGAGUGAAGGUUGUUGAAAAUUAAAAAAAAAGUGCUUAAGGAAAGGAAAAUUUUCUUUUCAAUUUUUUCUUCUCUUCAAAGUGCAAAAAGGGGUGUCAGAAGGUGUGACAAAAAGUGAUUAAGUGUGGUUGUAUGCCAAAUGAUCGGAAGCAGAACCUUGAGCUUCGUAGUGAAGUUUACGGCUUCCUCAUUGACUUGGACAGCAAUAAGGCGCAAAGUAUUCAUUUUCUAUUAGUAUAGGAUUUAAUGUUUCGGAGGGAAAUGUGUUUAUAGUAAUUUUAUCGCAAUGGAACAGAAAUAACACAAGACACAUCAGUUUGAAAAAUUUACUCGCACCCAGUGUUGUGCUCUAGAGGCGGCAUCAGCGAUAAUCAGCCUUGCCAAACCAACCAUGGAAGAUGACACCCUCAAGUCGCUGAGGUACUGCUUCCAACGCAUUCUAGUGCCAUGUGUCGUUAUCAUUGGAGUUCUCGGCAAUUUCGUCACUGUUAUCGUUCUCACUAGGAGGCGAAUGAGAUGCUCAACAAAUGUUUACUUAACUGCACUAGCGUUGGCCGAUAUGGUCUUCCUCCUGUUCAACUUCAUCCUCUCGCUGCAGCACUACCCCAACAUCCAUCGGGCAAAAUACGAGCUCUACUGGAGGACGUAUGGGCUGUCGCAUUGGUUCUGCGAUGCAUCGUCGUAUUCAUCCAUUUAUUUGACCGUCAGCUUCACCAUUGAGCGCUACAUUGCUGUUUGUCAUCCAAUUCGGGGUCAAAUUCUGUGUACGGAGUCACGGGCCAAGCGGGUCAUCGCCGUUGUGGUGGUGCUUUGCUUCCUCCUAACUGGAACAACAUCCUUUGAAUAUCAGCUGGCCACAACGGAGAGGCGCGUCAAUGGCAUUUCGAAGGAGUUAUGCCUCCCCCCUGAGGGCAACACCACAUCAGAUGCCACGCCACAGAGUGAGGAAGUGGAAGUCACCACAAUGCGAUUGCUAUCGUCCCUGGAUGCAAUGUAUGGGGAUGCCGUGGCGACAAUCGAUAAUCUGGAUUAUGAGCUCAAUGCCGGGAAUGAGACGGAGGAAAUUGCUGUGGAGACCAACAGCACUUCAAAAGACGAUAUUUGUGUUGUGGAAAUCUACUUCAGAGCCAUUCCAUCGGAACUAGGGAAGAAUACCACGUACCGGACCAUUUUCUACAUCAUGACAUCCGUACUCUUCACCUUCUUACCACUCAUCCUCCUUGCCACGUUCAAUUGCUUCCUCAUUGCGGCCGUUCAUCGGUCACACAAGAAUCGCCACAAAAUGACAAAUACCCGCCAGGGAGAUACUUCCACAAGUCAAGAGAAUAAAGUGACGGUGACUCUUAUUGCGGUUGUACUUCUCUUCCUUGUCUGCCAAACACCAACGGCUAUUUUCCUCAUUUACACAUCCUGGGCACCAGAGAAUAACGAUCCACGCUCAGUUAAUUUUAUUUUGGCAAUGGGCAACAUCCUAAAUUUCCUCGUGACGAUGAAUGCAGCCUGCAAUUUUUUGCUCUAUUGCGCUUUUUCGGCCAAAUAUCGCGCAACAGUGGCACAUCUUCUCAGCCGACGACCCAAAAGACAAGGCACCAUAUCAUCGCGAUUUUCGCGCUAUGCUACCCGGGGUACGGUGGAUCAGAGCUUUCGACGAAAGAGCAGCCAUGGUGGAGGCAAUGGACCCCCUGCAGCCCGUAGCCGUGGUCCAUCUAUCUCCCUUGUUCCACGGCCAUCAAUAACCCCAUCGGAUGUUGAUCUAUUCAACAUGCCACGGGCAGGACAACAGGUUACAAGGAAUUGCAGCAGUCGCAGCACAGCUUCAAGACGACGCCACGUCCUCCUGCCAGAUGCAAACUCCAACCGACGUCCAAGCUUAACAAGGAGUCAAUCUUUAAUUCUGCCUGUUGUGCCAAGACACUCACCCGACUGUAAAUCAAACCCCAACAAUUUCUAAGUCUCCGGCACUCAUGCUCUCUAUUUAGACUCACCAAAAUUGUAAACAUCACUCUCCUCUGGCAAGCUUCCACUAUGUACAUAGAGGAGUUGUAUUUGUAUAUGUUAACAAGAAAAUUUAAUUAACA